CCCCGGGCAGCUCUAGCCCAGCGUGGCCCGCCUGGCGCUGAGCCUGGCUCCCGGCUCCGGUUUCCGGGCCGGCGGGUGGCCGCUCACCAUGCCCGGCAAGCGUCAGCACUUCCAGGAACCCGAGAUCGGCUGCUGCGGGAAAUGCUUCCUGUUUGGCUUCAACAUUGUCUUCUGGUUCUCCGUGUUCCUCGGCCUCAUCUUCUUCCUGGAGCUGGCAACAGGGAUCCAGGCCUUUGUCUUCAAGGGCUGGAUUCGAGACCAGCUCGACCUCUUCAUCAACAACAACGUCAAGGCCUACCGGGACGACAUUGACCUCCAGAACCUCAUUGACUUUGCUCAGGAAUACUGGUCUUGCUGCGGAGCCCCAGGCCCCAACGACUGGAACCUCAAUAUCUACUUCAACUGCACUGACUUGAACCCUAGCUGGGAGCGCUGUGGGUGCCCUUCUCCUGCUGCCUCAGUUACAGUUGCAUGUGGAAGAUGUCCUCAACACCCAGUGUGGCUACAACGUCCGGCUCAAACUGGAGCUGGAGCAGCAGGGCUUCAUCCACACCAAAGGCUGCGUGGGCCAGUUUGAGAAGUGGCUGCAGGACAACCUGA